UCCAUUUUCUAUCAUUUCGCAAACUCAAAAAAACUAUAGCACUGCGGUGGAAAAGAAUUCCUUUUGUCGGUUAAAUAUUAUUUCUUGUCGUUAGAUCAUGUGAGUGGUUCAUGUUUUGCAAGUUUUACAUUUAUUUUUUGUAGUUUUAACCAGUGACAUCAAGAAGGGCUGCAGAAUAACGAAUUGAAGACUGAACACUGAAAAUGGAGGAUGAAAAUGAAUAUAAAAAGUUACCGACGGAGGAGAAAUGUGUCCACAAACUUUGGAAGGCUCGUGUUGCCGGCUAUGAAGAGGCGAGCAAACUGUUUAUUCAAAUUGAUGAUGAAAAGUCACCCGAGUGGAAUAAAUAUUUAGGACUUAUCAAGAAAUUUGUGACAGACAGCAAUGCAGUGGCUCAGGAAAAAGGCUUGGAGGCUGCAUUGCUGUUUGUGGAAAACUGUGGACAUGCAGGCAAGACAACUGGAGAAGUUAUGUCUGGUAUUGUCGCUAAAUGCAUUGCCGCACCCAAAACAAAGACUAAAGAUCUUGCACUGCAGAUAACACUAAUGUAUGUAGAAAUAGAAAAACAUGAGAUUGUUGAAGAAGAAUUAUUGAAAGGAAUGGAACAGAAGAAUCCAAAAGUUGUUGCCGCCUGCGUAUCAGCUCUGAACACAGCUCUUAAAUUGUUUGGGAACAAAGUGAUUGCUAUAAAACCUAUGGUGAAAAAGAUACCAAUACUCCUGGCUGAUAGAGAUAAAACUGUAAGGGAUGAAAUGAAGGCAUUGGUUGUUGAAAUGCAUAGGUGGAUAGGAGCAGCUAUAGAACCUCACAUCGCUAGUCUCCAAGCUGUUGUCCAGCAGGAAUUGAGGGAAUCCUUUGGUUCGGGAGGUGCUCAGCCAACAAGAUAUCUCCGCUCUCAGCAAAAUAGAGUUAGGGAUGUACCGUCUGCUGAUGCUGCUGAUGGUGGGACAGACGAUCAAGAUGUUGAGAAUGGCGGCGGUGAAUCAGCGGAAAUGGACCCUUACGAUCUACUGGACCCAGUGGAAAUACUCUCAAAAUUACCAAAAGACUUCUAUGAUAAACUCGAGGCUAAAAAAUGGCAAGAACGUAAAGAGGCACUUGAUGCUUUGGAAGCAUUGUUGAAGGCUGCACCGAGGUUGGAACCUGGAGAUUAUGCUGAUUUGGUCAGAGCAUUGAAAAAGGUUAUAUCAAAGGAUACAAAUGUAAUGUUAGUAGCUCUCGGAGGCAGAUUAAUGGGUAUGGUUGCAAGUGGUCUGCGCGGCAAGUUCCAGCCGUAUGCAGUCUCCUGUGUACAAUCCAUACUAGAGAAGUUUAAAGAGAAGAAAACUAAUGUUGUGGCAGCACUCAGAGAGGCUAUAGAUGCUAUAUACCCUUGCACAAACUUGGAAGCGAUAAUGGAGGACAUGAUAGCUGCAUUUGACAACAAGAAUCCAUCAAUAAAAGCUGAAAGCGCUUUGUUCUUGGCGCGAGCGCUCUGUCACACACAACCGGCGGCGUUUAACAAGAAACUUAUCAAGGCGUAUGUUGCUGGAUUACUUAAACUACUGGAAAGUGCAGAUCCAGCGGUACGAGACGCUGCUGCGGAGGCGCUUGGUACCGCAACGAAAUUAGUAGGCGAGAAAAACAUAGCACCGCACAUUGGCAAACUUGAUAACUUGAAGGAACAAAAGAUUAAAGAAUUCGCUGAAAAGGCGGUGAUACAAGUCAAGGUUGCCGCACCAAAGAAGGAGACGAAACCAAAAACCCCAGUAGCGGCAGGCAAAGGGGAUUCUAAACCAACGGCCGGUUCAAGCCAGCCUAAACCGGUUAAGCGACCAACAACCGGUGCUAAGAAACCACCUGCCAGUGCUAAGAAGGCAACUAAAGCACAAGCCAGUCCGCCGAGAGAGCAGGAAUUAUCUGAUGAUGAAGUUGAUUCUAGAGCGGAGAAGUUGUUUCCAUCUGAAGUUCUUAGUGGUUUAGGUGACAGUAAUUGGAAGAACCGUCUCACAGCAGUUCAGAGUCUACAUUCAACAAUACAAGGUCUAUCCUCUGAUGACACAUCAGCGCAAGUCCUAUAUAGGGUUUUGAAUAAGAAACCUGGCCUCAAAGAUACUAAUGUACAAGUCCUGAAAGCUCGACUGGAAGCCUGCAAAUAUAUUACGGAGAAUUUUCCCAUUUCCACGACAGCAGCCAAUUUCGUGUUACAAGAUGUUGUGGUAAAACUAGGAGAAAGUUCCUGCCUGUCAAUAUCUGCAGAUUGUCUCACUUCGCUGGCCGAUGGUUGUGGAUUGGAACAUGUUCUUAAUGAAGGUCUAACAUACGCUAUGGACUCACAGAAGAACCCUAAAGUACAGUCUGAGAUGUUUAACUGGAUGUCUGGUGCGAUUAAAGAGUUUGGCUUUACUAUGAAUGUAAAAUCUAUAGUAGCACAUUCUAAGAAAGCUUUAUCAGCUACAAAUCCGAAUGUAAGAACAUCGACAGUCAACUUCCUUGGUAUACUAUCUCUGUACGUGGGACCAUCUCUUAUCAACCAUUUUGAUAGUGAAAAAGCAGCGACAAAGCAACUGAUAAGUCUCGAAUUAGAUAAAUAUGCGAAUAGUUCACCGCCGGCACCUAGUCGACAGAUUGGAACAGUUAGUAAGUCCGCAAGCAAAGGUUCGGUUGGUGAUGAAAUAGAGGAAGGUUUCGAAGACGCGGUGGAUGAGGAGCCUGUCGUUGUGGAGGACGCGAGAGCUCGCACUGACAUCGCGCCUUUGAUCACUGAUGCCUUGGUCGCUGAGAUUAAUGAUAAGAAUUGGAAGGUACGAAACGAAGCUCUUGACAAAUUAAAGGCUAUAAUCACAAACUCAUCGCCUAUAAAGCCAUCUCUUGGAGAAUUACCCCCAGCACUGGUGGCCAGACUCCUGGACUCUAAUUCUAAACUAGCUCAAAGCGCGUUACAUAUCUGCGAAGCGCUCGCCACUGCGCUUGGACCAAAAUCUAAACAACAUGUGCGGACAUUCUUCCCGCCUUUCUUCCAAGCAUUCGGUGAUAGUAAGCAAUGGAUCCGUACAUCAGCUGUAUCGUGUGUGGAGACGUGGUGCAAAGAAGCGGGGCCGCAUUCACCUUUCGAAGGGGAGAUGGUGUUUGACGCCCUCAAAUCCGGCUCUCCUGUGCUACGAGCCACAUUGUUACAGUGGCUAGCCGAUCAUCUGCCCAAUGUUCCAUUAAAAUCAUUCCCCCGUGAGGAGCUAUCUGUGUGCGUGCCUGUGCUGUUCUCGUGCGUGGAGGACCGCGCGGCCGACGUACGCAAAGCUGCUGCUGAUUGCGUGCUGCCCAUCAUGUUGCAUCUCGGCUACGAGCAUAUGCACAAACACCUCGACAAACUCAAGCCGGGGUCAAAAACAGUGGUACUAGCCGUGCUUGACAAGGCGCGGCCAAACCUGCCUGUACAACCACUACCGACUAAAAGCAAGAAAGAUGAACCGCGCGGAGUCAAAUCAGCAGGUGCUCAGAAAAAAGAUGCCGAGAAGAAAACUACACAGCCCGCUAAAGGAAAGGGCGUCGCUAAGCCUUCAUCGGCGUCUAGUCGCGGUAAAAAGGAGGACGAUGACUGCACUCCAUUGUUACCUAACAACAACGCCAAAAAUCAGAGGAUUAUUGACGAUCAAAAGUUAAAAGUAUUAAAAUGGAACUUUACGACACCUCGCGAGGAGUUCUUCGAUCUUUUGAAGGAGCAGAUGACGAGCGCCGGAUUGAAUAAGCAACUUAUUGCUAACAUGUUCCAUAGUGAUUUUAGAUACCAUUUAAAAGCAAUUGAAGCUCUAUCGGAUGAUUUACAAGAGAACGGGUCAGCGUUAAUGGCUAAUCUAGAUUUAGUGCUCAAAUGGCUGACACUAAGGUUCUUUGACACCAAUCCAUCUGUCAUAUUGAAGGGUUUGGAGUACCUUUCUCUGGUGUUCCAGUUUUUAAUGGAUAGUGAUUAUACUAUGGCAGAAUAUGAGGCUAAUUGCUUUAUACCUUACCUCGUGUUAAAGGUGGGAGAUCCAAAAGAUACAGUACGUAAUGGCGUAAAGGCUCUCUUCAAACAGAUAUGUGUUGUAUACUCCGUCACUAAGCUGUUUGGAUAUCUCAUGGAAGGACUUAAAUCUAAAAACGCAAGGCAACGAGCUGAAUGUUUGGAGUGCAUCGGUCACCUACUGGAGACGUAUGGAUCCACGGUGAUGUCAGGUGGUGGUGGGGGCGCGGCUCUACGUGAACUGGCGAGACAUAUCGGAGACAGAGAUAAUGCUGUGCGCUCUGCUGCACUCAACUGUGUCGCUAAUGCAUACUUCCUAGAAGGAGAGAAGGUCUACAAGAUGAUUGGACAGAUAUCGGAUAAAGAUCUCUCUCUGCUAGAAGAGAGGAUAAAAAGAGCGAGCAAGAGUAAGAGUGCGGAAGCGAGAAGGUCAAUGGUCGUGCCGUUGUCUGCCAGCGGGAAACCAAUGCAGCCCAUGCCUGAGGAGGAACCUCCAAGACGAGUAAUCUCGGUGGACACAGUGCCAGCGGCGGAAAGUGAAGAGGAUGAAGAGGAGGAACAGCCACCGCCCCCUGUCACACAACCUGUAGCGCUAACCCCGCGUGUGAUACCGGGCCCGUUCGGUCUAGACCCGGAGUUAAUCGCGAAAUUGGACGCAUCUGUACCUACGCCGAGAAAAGUGGAUAUUCCACAAGUCGACCUCAAGUUCUUGGAUGAACCAGUACCCGUGCCACCGUAUCUGCAGCGUAGCAGCAUGGUACCGAUGUGCCCACCACAACACAUGCCGUCUUACCCCCUAGCGGCGCACGCGCAGCCCGCACAGCCUGCGCAGCACACCACACACGCAGCACCCCUAGUUGACGACUCCCAGAUAGCUGAUAUCAUACAUUCUAUUGCCAGUCCUGAUCUCAAUGCGGCGUUCCGAGCGGUAUCACUUAUAUCAGGCACGGUGAUGUCCGGUCGUGGGGCGGCGCUAGCUGCGUAUGAGUCGGUGCUGCUGACAGCGAUUGCGACACAACUGCGCCGCGUGCGCACUUCCCCCACACCUCCAGAUCCACAGACCACACUCGCUGCCUACAAAUGUCUUACUGGCGCACUUAAUACGUUCUAUGAUGCUGUGGACUGCGGUGGUAACGCCAACGAAGAAGCACUCUGCGAGGUGCUGAAGGAACUUCUCCGUGCGCUAGGUGGCGCUGCGGGCGAUGCGGAGCGAUACGUACGCAUCCUGAACAACGCUUGCGUCAGCGUUCUGGAACAUUCACCUAGAACGCCGUUGCUAUGUGCAAUAGUAUCACUCCUACACGAAUCUAUCGGCGUAUCGGAUCCGGCAUUUCCUCGUUACCAAGAUUUAUUACUGAAGUGCUUCUGGAAGACUCUAAAAAUGAUAGCCACGUGGGAUGUCAACUCUAUAGACUAUGACGCGGUGUUGUAUAAGAUACAUCUCUUCUAUAAAGCAUAUCCUAAUAACUAUUGGAAGAAGAACACUGAUAUCAGUGAUACACCAUACAGAACUGUAAAGACACUUGUACAUACGCUGGUGAAAAUGAAGAGCUGGGCAAUAAUUAACCACCUCAAGCAAAUACCUGAUGUCAACGAAUCCGACCUCUUGCCGUAUCUGUUCAAAGUAUUAAAGCAAUUGAAACAGGAUGAUAAGAAAGAGAAUGUCGUUGAAUCUUUGAACGGAGGUAAUGUGCCCAUCGGAGUGGGCAACGUUGGGAACGUGGGCAAUGUUGGGGGCGUGGGCAACGUGGGUGGAGUGGGCAACGUGAGUUCCAACACAGCGCUGCACGCAGGCAGGCUACCGAGAGCAUUGCACGAGGAACUGGCGUUGAUAUUGAAUAGAAUUAGUACGACUGAGCACAAGAGAGAAGCUUUAUCACAGUUGUAUGAUCUCAGAGAGCGACACCCUGAAGUGGACAUUUGGACGUUUAUGAAAGGUUCGUCGUUCUACUUCCGGAACUACGUGGAGCGAGGUUUAAAGGAGGUGGCGGAGAUGCGCAAGGCGGCCACAAUGCCCAUGUACAAACAUGACUACAAAACUGAUAAUAUGGAUAUCAAUACAGAAACCGAUGAAAAGUCACAUGUCGUAUUUCUGGAGCGAUUGCGAGCAUUACAGGCAAAGGCUGGUUUAAAGAUCGAUUCAAGUCCUACAUCUCAGCCGCGCACGCCGGUGGGCGACAACCGCGUCCUCACAGACUCGCUGGGUGACGGCAACCUGCCGCGUACACACAGCAUCGACCCUCAGCUAGAGUUACACACGGCGCAGUCAUUUUCACAAAGAAACGAAGCAGACAUGGACGCGCUGCGGCUCAAGCUGCAGCAGAUCAAGAGCUCCUCCAAGAAAUAGGCCCCGUCUUGCGUACCCGAUUGUAGUCCUUAUGUUAUAGUAGAUAGGUGUUACCGCAACUUGUUACUACGUCUUAGAGCUUCACUCGAGGAAUAAAGCAAUCUCAUCACUGACCUUUAUAUUGUACUGAACAGGCUAUAAGUCGUGGUAUUUUGUGUCUAGUUGAUUAUUGCCAUUUUGUCGCUGACUAGCGGUUCAAAGGGGAGUUUGAAAUUUGAACAGCAAACAGUAACUACUAACUAAACUAAAACGAAGCAAAAACAUUUUCAAGGAUCAACCUGUCCAUAUGUCAAUGGAGGUCAGUGAACUUCUUUACCGGUGCGCUUCACCAUUAAGUUAGUUCCUACGGCAGUUUUAGUGUUAAUCACAUGAAGUUUGAAUGGCCUAUAUUGCGGCUCGAUACGUCCACAGCCCCCCUUACCACGAAACGUGUUGAACAUGACAAUACGAGAAACAGUAUCGCAAUAAUCAGGGUAUAAGACGCUUUUAAAAUUAAAUCGUGAAUGUCGUGGUACGGGGGUAUUGAAAACGUCUUAUUAUGAUUGAUAGUUUGGAAAUCGUUACGGUUUCUUGCCUUUUGGUCGAGAUGGAUUUGUCUACUGUGAUAAAAGUUGCAGUAGAUAAGUUUUCAUUCCUUGUAGAUAAUUUUCUUGAUUAUGAAAUUUAAAGCACUCGAAUGCACAUUGUGUAGAAAUACGUAGUCCUUAAAAAUGUAUGCCCCAAUGAGAUAUUUUUUAUUCCACUAUUUCGACUCUAUAUUAAAAUUACAGCUUGGAAAAAUACUACGCUACUAAAAUAGAUUCAAUACAAAAAGUCAGUGAUUUAAAAUAACGAAAAAAAAAA